CGUCGUCGCGGACCUUCGUCAGGAGCUGCUACCGAGUCUUCAGUGCGCUUUUUGAGGCGAGCGCUUCGACUUUAGGUCCGAUCUUCGCCGAAAAAAAAAAUAGUUUUUUUCCCUUUUUGUUUUUUUGUUCUACAAACGAAACACGGACGUGCGCGUCGCGGUAUCAAUCACACGGAGUAAUAACGUUGACGAACGAUGCUAUUCAACGUGGAAAACGAUCGGGGUGUCGUAUCCCGUAUGUUCUUCGGCGACCCUUGCUCAGGGACCCUUAAAAACUCGAUUUACAUGAACAAAUAAAUUUGUGAAAAACUUGACGAAAUUCUCGCGUCCGUCGCACCUGAAGGGCGGAGCUUUUGACUCUGAAACUUUUGACGAUCUAUUCAUCUUUCAUUCGUCUUGCGUUGUACGUCAGACCGCGAGUAACGUGUUUGGUGAAAGUUUUGUUCGAGAUUGAUUUAAUGCACUCAUACGCGUAACGACGAAUUGUUGUCGCGAGUGAGUUUCAUAAAAAUAUAAAAAAAUGUGCUACAGAUAUAUACGAGUCGACGAAUGAAAAAUUGAAAGGGGACCAUGUAAAUUGAAACGCUUGAAGCAGAAAUCGUCGAAAAUCAACCGCGAUCGAGCGAAUCGAUCUCAAGGAAAUAAUGCCGCAGGUACGAUCUCCCAAUGAUCGAGGGAAAAACCGCACUCACCGAGCAACGAAUAAACGGUGAAAUAAUAAUCGUAUCGUCGCAUACUUUUGGAAGUUCCGUAAACUAUUGGAAGAAAUAUGUUUAUCGUCGGUGGAAAAAAAGUAUCCGAAGGCACCUGGACGAUGCAGAUCUUCAGGGUGGAGAAUAUUCCAACUUCAAAUAUCACGACCUCGUUACGUGACGUGAUCAAGGAAUAUACGACAUUUAAAGAAAAGCCGUCCUCACCUACCUAAACAGGGAAUAAAAAACCGACUCAUCUCGCGGUGAUGGAUCUAAUGUUCGGUUCUUUUUGCGAACCCCGUGCAAAGAUAUACUCGUUACUAAUCGGUAGCCAAUUGUGGCCAUGCUUCACGGAAGACGCUGAUCAUGCGACAUAAAAGGUGAUGAUAUCUUGAAGAAAAAUUCGAACUGCGAACGAUUUUUAUUGAAUACUCGAAAUAUUUGUAAAAUUGUACAGUGGGGAAUAAUUGGACGUUUUUUUCUUUCGAAUAUUCGUUAAGAGUAUUGAGGAAUUUCAUGAUAAUAAAUUUUUCGAAAUUCGAUUGACUUUUUAUUCGUUGAUCGCUGAGCCAUAAAAAGUGAUACUUGAAUAACAUAAAAGAUGGUGACCGGAGUGGCGGAAGUUUGAAAAAUUGUAAGUUCAGUGAGUUACUGUGACCCCCGGUGUCAAAAUGUUGGAUAUAGGUACACCUUUCAACGUUACGUCAAAUUUUACGAGCAACUUGACAGAAAUCAUCAACCCAAACGUUACCAUAAGAGGACCAAAAGAGUGCAAUGGCACCCCAGGCGAAGGUGCCCUUUUUGAAUUUAUUACGAACGGCGUGCUACUAAAUUUGGUCGGUCUAUUUGGAUUGUUUGGGAACAUCAUCUCGAUGAUAAUUCUCUCGCGACCUCAGAUGAAGUCCUCCAUCAAUUACCUACUCAUUGGUUUGGCGAGAUGCGACACCGUGCUCAUCAUAACUUCGUUUCUUGUAUUCGGUCUGCCAGGCAUUUACCCCUAUACCGGUCUCCUCUUCAAUUACAAGUUCAUAGUUUACCCAAAAUUGGUGAAGUUCUUGUAUCCAUUGGCCAACAUCACGCAAAUGGUAACUGUUUAUUUGACCUUGACUGUAACCAUGGAAAGGUACGUGGCGGUUUGUCAUCCCCUCAGAGCCAGAUCUAUGUGCACCUACGGAAGAGCGAGACUCGCCGUUCUGGUCAUCAUUAUAUUUUCCACCGUCUACAAUCUACCAAAAUACUGGGAAGUCACAUCCGUAAAGGAAAGACACUGGAAGUACAACGUGACGGCGUACUGCGUGAGCCCGACCGAUUUCAGAUUGAAUCCAUUAUACGUGACAAUUUACAUUCACUGGAUGUACUUCGUGUUUUACUACGCCAUCCCAUUUACCGCACUUGUGAUAUUCAACUUGGCGAUAUAUCGACAGGUGAGGAAAGCUAACAGGGAUCUGCAGCAUCUGUCGCACCACCAGAGGCGAGAAAUCGGUUUGGCGACGAUGCUUUUAUGCGUUGUCAUCGUAUUUUUGAUAUGCAACGUCCUUCCCCUGGUGACAAAUAUCUUCGAGAAGUUCUACGACGAAAUUCCAUCGUGGCUUGUCCAGAGCGGUAAUUUAACGGUGACGAUCAACAGCAGUGUGAACUUCAUAAUCUACGUUAUAUUCGGACGAAAAUUCAAGAGAAUAUUUCUAAGGUUAUUCUGCAGUUCCCACUUAUUCGGCCCUGGUCGCGACAGUCCGGAGUUUCAGACUAACGACGAAUCUCUCGUGACCGGUGUAACUAAUAUCGAGCUUCGUAACUCUAUACGUCGUUGUCACAGGUCUAACACAACCAUCAGCAGGAACAACAACGUCCAUUUGAACAACGGAAAUUCACUUCCGCGACAAAGUACCAAGACCAAAGUGAGAUCCGCGAGCCCAGGACCCUGCGUCUAUUACCCGGCACGGAGCCCCGUGAGAAGUCCCAGUCAAAUGUCGCGAACUUCCAGCGUGCAAAAUGGCUGGGACAAAAACAAUAUCGCCGAUACGAAGCUACAGUAAACCGUUGAAACGGCGAAAAAUCAUUCGAGAUACCAAAGACACUGCUCUACUCAUUUACGGUGCAACGUCGUCUCGAUACGAUUUUUUAGAACUUUUAGCGAGCGGUACGUCCUCAACGAACACUGCAGUUUCAACGAAACGGAUCGAAAGGUGCCCGCAAGCUCAAAAGUACAAAUAAUACAAAGUGCAUAGCGGAGUGAAGAGUGGGACAUAUCGGUGGAUUGUAACGUAAGAAGAAGAAUACGAACUGACAUGAUUUUCUUUUCUUCUCUUUUUUUUUUUUUUUAAUCACCUAAGACGGGAUUAUCGUGGGCCAGGUAAGGAAUAGUCGUUGUGUCAUUAGAAAGAUGGUGAGACUCCAUUAUUUUUCGAUAUAAAAAGUGUUGUACAGGGUGUACGUUGUCUGUGUAUAAAUCGAAGGGGACCCUUAUUAGUAGGUAAAGUUUUACGAAAGAAACUGUCCGGAGAAGGUUGAAAAAUCAAGAAAAAAGAAAA